UACUUCAAACUGGAGAUAAACUCAAUGGCGCUGCCCAUGCCGUCUCAGACGCGAUGAUGACACAUACGAGUCAUGUAUCUAUCUCUAUGGGUGCCUUCGCAUAACUUCCGUCCGUCUUCGCUGCAGCUCUUGUCUGUUUCUCUGGUCGUGGUGUUCUACUACUCAAUCUCAGCCAUGUCUUGGACAACUAAAGUGUUAAAGUUAAUCGUGCUGGCUGGAGUGUCUGUGUUGAUAGUGAUGUACCUGCGGCAGUGGAUGGCCAACAAGCACUAUGUCUUCACAAAGGAAGAUGUUGCUGUACUGGCCAAGCGAUACGCAGGUCAGGACCACGACCAGGCGUUCUCCAAGGUGGUGGUGGAGCUGCGGAGGAAGUACCCGGGUCACAUCCUGCCGGACGAGGACCUGCAGUGGGUGUUUGUCAACGCAGGCGGCUGGAUGGGGUCCAUGUGUCUGCUCCACGCCUCCCUCACCGAGUACGUCCUGCUGUUCGGCACCGCCGUGGACACCGGAGGACACUCAGGUCGUUACUGGGCUGAAAUAUCAGACACCAUCAUCUCUGGGACCUUCAGGCAGUGGAAGGAGGGAUCAACUAAGAGUGAAAUGUACUAUCCAGGUGACACGAUAGUCCACACGGUAGGCGAGGCGACGUCGGUCCAGUGGAGUGCUGGGACGUGGAUGGUGGAGUACGGCAGAGGAUUCAUCCCCUCCACACUGGGCUUCGCCCUGGCAGACACUCUGUUCAGCACACAGGACUUCCUCACUAUGUUCUACACCAUACGGGUCUACGCCAAGGGAAUGCUGCUGGAGGCCAAUACACUACUCACUGAGGCUGGCGUCUUCUGAGGAACCUGACCCCUAACCCUCUCUGCGGCUGGCGUCUUCUGAGGAACCUGACCCCUAACCCUCUCUGCGGCUGAUGUCUUCUGAGGAACCUGACCCCUAACCCUCUCGGAGACUGGAGUCUUCUGAGGAACCUGACCCCUAACCCUCUCGGAGACUGGAGUCUUCUGAGGAACCUGACCUCUAAACCCUGAAACUUAUUGAGUUAGAUAUACAGUAGCAAUCAAAAGUUUGGAGACUUACUCAUUCAAGGAUUUUUCUGUGUUUUUACUACUUUCUACAUUAGAGAACAAUAGUGAAGACAAACUAUAAAAUAACACAUGGAAUCAUGUAGUAACCAAAAAGUGUUAAACAAAUCAAAAUAUAUUUUAUAUUUCAGAUUCUUCAAAGUAGCCACCCUUUGCCUUGAUGACAGCUUUGCACACUUUUGGCAUUCUUUCUCUCAACCAGCUUCACCUGGAAUGCUUUUCCAACAGUCUUGAAUGAGUUCCCACAUAUGUGUUGGGUCAUUGUCCUAUUGAAAACAAAUGAUAGUCCCACUAAGGACAAACCAGAUGGAAUGGCGUAUUGCUGCAGAAUGCUGUGGUAGUCAUGCUGGUUAAGAGUGCAUUGAAUUCUAAAUCUAUCACAGACAGUGUCACCAGCAAAGCACUCCCACACCACCUCCUCCAUGCUUCACGGUGAGAACUACACAUGCGUAGAUCAUCAGUUCACCUACUCUGCGCCCCCAAAGACACGGCGGUCUUCUCACAUUUGGACUCAUUAGACCAAAAGACAGAUUUUCACCAGUCUAAUGUCCAUUGAUUUGAUUUGCUCGUGUUUCUUGGCCCAAGCCAGUCUCUUCUUCUUAUUGGUGUCCUUUAGUAGUGGUUUCUUUGCAGCAAUUUGACCAUAGAGGCCUGAUUCACCCAGUCUCCUCUGAAUAGUUGAUGUUGAGAUGUGUCUGUUACUUGAACUCUGAAGCAUUUAUUUAGGCAGCAAUUUCUGAGGGUGGUACCUAAUGAACUCAUCCUCUGCAGCAGAGGUAACUCUGGGUCUUCCUUUCCUGUGAUGGUCCUCAUGAGUCAGUUAACUCUAAUGAACUUCUCUGCAGCAGAGGUAACUCCGGGACUUCCUUUCCUGUGGAGGUCCUCAUGAGAGCCAGUUUCAUCAUAGCGCUGGAUUAAUUUUGCGACUGCACUUGAAGAAACCUUCAAAGUUUGACAUUUUCUGGAUUGACUGACCUUCAUGUCUUAAAGUAAAUAUGGACUGUGGUUUCUCUUUGCUUAUUUGAGUUCUUGUCAUAAUAUGGACUUGGUCUUUUACCAAAUAGGGCUAUCUUCUGUACACCACCCCUACCUUGUCACAACACAACUGAUUGGCUCAAAUGCAUUAAGAAGGAAAGAAAUUCCACACAUUAACUAUUAACAAGGCACACCUGUUAAUAGAAAUGCAUUCCAGGCAACUACCUCAUGAAGCUGGUUGAGAGAAUGUCAAGAGUGUGCAAAGCUGUCAUCAAGGCAAAUGGUGGCUACUUUGAAGAAUCUCAAAUAUUUUGGGGGGUUACUACAUGAUUCCAUAUGUGUUAUUUCAUAGUUGUUGAUAUCUUCACUAGUAUUCUACAAUGUAGAAAAUAGUAAAAAUAAAGAAAAACCUUUGAAUGAGUAGGUGUGUUCAAACUUUUGACUGGUACUGUAUGUGGUGAUUGCUUCCUAUCAACUAAUAGCUACAGUUCCUUGCUCUGUUAGCUAGCAGGCUAAUAAGGUAACUAGUAAGUUGUGUGGUCAUUUAGCUAGAUGGCUACAGUGCAACAAGCAAUGUCCAACCUUCUCUAAACACAUCAAUGGCUAUACAUGUAUAGCAAGUACUGUAGCAAAUUGUAUGUAUUUGUCAACAUUUUUUUAGGAAUGAGUAGAUGGACAUAACCUACUGCAAUCAUUCUGGUCACAUUAAAAUACAGUUUUGGG